UGAGUUCUGCACGAACUUCAAAGCACCGAAACUGAAUAUUGAGUCUGUGAUCAACAAUGCAGCGAGAUUUAGCAAGUUUUCCUUUACCGCCUGCCAUUAGGUUUAAAUUUAAGGAUAAUGGUUUCAGUGUUGUGGAAGAUGUCAUUGAAAUGAAGCCCAGCGAACUCAGCAGAGAGAUUGGCAUUUCUAAAGAGGAAUCUUUAGAAAUUUUAAAGAUGCUCAGGGAGGCUACCUCCUCUUUGUUGCCAUGCCAACCCAAGCUCCCUAGCAACACUGCAUCCACAUCAUCUGGGCGACAGCCACAACUCUCAGAAAGCAAUAAGAGGACGGUUACCGCCCUGGAGAUGCUGCGCGACGAGAAGUCAUCGCCCGCCAUUGUCACCUUCUGUGAAGACUUGGAUGAGAUGCUUGGGGGCGGCGUUCCCCUCUGCAAGAUCACAGAGCUGUGCGGAGCACCAGGGGUCGGCAAAACGCAGACCUGUAUUCAGCUCGCUGUUGAUGUACAAAUCCCCCAGUGCUUCGGAGGCGUUGACGGUGAAGCCAUAUACAUCGACACCGAGGGCAGUUUCCUACCACAGAGGGCGGCAGACAUGGCCCUGGCGAUGGUUGAGCAUUGUCGACAGAUCGUCGACACAAAUGACACAGAGCAACAGACAGUGCUGGCAGAUUUUUCAGUGGAGAAGCUCUUGUCAGGUAUCCAUUUCUUCCGUUGCCAUGACUACACCGAGCUCCUCGCCUUGGUCAAUCUGCUUCCGGAAAUUCUCGAAAAGCACAAAAAGGUGAAAUUAGUCGUGAUUGACAGCAUUGCGUUUCACUUCCGUCAUGAUUUUGACGAUCUGUCUUUGCGGACGCGACUUCUCAAUGGCUUGGCACAGAGUCUCAUUAAAAUCGCUUCCGAGCACAGACUGGCUGUUGUGUUGACCAAUCAGAUGACGACUCAUGUUGGUGACGGGCCGUCCCAUCUCAUCCCAGCACUGGGAGAAAGCUGGGGGCACGCAUGCACCGUCAGACUCGUCCUGUUCUGGAAAGACAGCCAAAGGUACGCCAACCUGUAUAAGUCCCCUAACAAGCAAGAAAUGACUGUGCCAUACCAGAUUACGGAUUUUGUUUUUUCUGACCGACUACAGAUGGACGGAUUGAGGAGUGUUCCGAGAUCAGAGGAUGAACUACAAUCAAGAUUGUCACUCAGAUGCAAAGAUGCUCCAGCCGGACAUGACGAUGGACACUCAAACCCUUCCAAGAGACCCAGACCGAAUGAGAAUCAAAGAUGACACUCUCUGUCGGUAUGGUAACCAAUGGUUCCAAGGUUAGCAUUCAGAAUCGGUCAUAGGAGACAGAAGCACACCUUUGAACUCACAGAACCUUAAAAGUCUUCGCCAGUCUGUGUGAAUUUGACAUUGGUGGAAAAUGUGUUAAAGUGUAGCAAAGGAAACCAUUUCAGUGGGAAGGUGCCGUCACGUUCACAAGCGUGAUCUGUCCCUCAGGAGCAAGAAAUCAACUGAUGUUUGCCAAUCUCCUCAGGUAAUUCUAACCAGAGCAAAAUCACCGUACACAUUGUUGAAUUGAACUAACAUUCAUAGCAUCUACACUGUACUUCCAAGUUGCCGAUGCACAAAUCUUUUUCCUACUCCCGUGUGGAAGGAAGCAUGGAGACAUGCCAGCAAGUAGACACAGCAUGAUCCAGUUUUGUCAGAAAAUAGAGGUCUUUGUUCUGUUUGAUUAAGCAAAGCAAGAUGCUAAGAGUGGACCUCGUAGGGAUGAGGUUGUCCAGAAUGUUUGUUUGUAAAACUGUACACAAGAUAUGGACCAUGUGACCUGUGUUACCAUGCCAACGGCCAACGAUGUGACAACUUGAACCUUCUGCAAGGUUAUUUUUCCUUACGUAAUUUGUGAGAGACAUUACAUAUGUAUGCAACGCAGAAGAGAACGUUUGCCGAAAGUUGGCAUCACGGGAUCACAACAUCCAAGUUUGGAAACAGAUAACUUUUAUACUCUGUGAAGCAUUCUCCAGAGCUGUCUCUAAACACUGGCCAAAAAAUCAAACAAACAUCAAGUGUUCAAAACCACGUAGAUGAAAAUUGGUACAGAAAAGGAGAGAUCUUUCAAUAUUUCGACAACACCAAAAUUAUCGUGAGCUCAAAACGUACAUAUUUAUUAAACCUAUUUACAAGUGCUUACAUGAAAGAGUGUAUCGUUCAUUCAUUGGUGUUUAUAAAGCAUUGCGUGCCAAAUAAA